AUGGAGUACAUGAGAGUCCAUUUAGCUUUUAAAUCACAUUGACACAAGACUGAUGAGGAACUCUCUUGGCAUUGUUUGUCCUUUAUCCUACAUAAGAUGAUUCAAAAUGACUUUUUCCAGAAUUAUCUCUACUUGUUGAAAAACCUACCUCUUGUCAAACUUUGUGCCCUGAAAAGUGAAGUCAUCAAUUGUGAAAUGCAAUUUUAUGCUAGAGCCAAACAUUUUUACAGAGAGGUGCGCAUGAUGGGAGAUUUUGUUGAAGUGUCCAACAGAGAUAUUGGGUCCUCUAGAAAAUUUCUAAAGAAUUUUGUAGGGGUAAAUUAUCUAUAUGGAGUUGGCAUGUAUUACUGCUGUAGCUUACAGGAAUUCACACCAAUUCCAGAAAUCAUCUGGAUUCUGUGGAUUUCAGGAAAUCUGACAGAGAAGGAUUUGCCGAGGUUUUUUAUCUGCUGCCAGAAUGGCUUGAAGUAUAAUGGCAUUAUCAUCCUCAAAGACAUCAUAGUCCAGGAGGUCUAUGUCCUGGAUUCAUUGGACAGUAGUAUAAGAGACCUGAACAUUCGCAGAAGUCUCAUUGCCAAGAGUGGACUCACCCUCUUCGGGCAAAAAAAGCAAGAGGACUUUCCUGAGUAGUGUGUGUCAGUCUGGAUGAUAGCAAUGCAGAAGAAUUCUACCCAUCCAAGAAAAGGAAUGUUCCAGUUAGGAAAACUCCCACCCAUUCCUGAAUCAGACUGGAACUGA